CUAAUUUGAACUCCAGAUUCGCCAAUUUGUUUUGCUUUUCCUUUUCUGCGUUCCCACACCUUCGAGCUUUUUUUGUUUUCCUCCGGUGAGAUCUUAAUCCGGGAAGUUAUGGCGUCGUCUACGUUGACUGCGAAUGUUCAGGGUACCAAAGCUCCUCCUUCGAGGAAUAGAGAUGAAGAAACUGGAGACAAGCAGAUAAAAUUCAAUGACCAAAGUUUUGGGGGAAAUGACUAUGCACCCAAGGUACGGAAACCAUACACGAUAACAAAAGAAAGAGAGAGAUGGACAGAUGAAGAGCACAAGAAGUUUGUUGAAGCCUUGAAAUUAUACGGGCGAGCUUGGAGACGAAUAGAAGAACAUGUGGGCUCAAAGACCGCAGUUCAGAUUCGAAGCCAUGCUCAGAAGUUUUUCUCUAAGGUUGCUCGAGAAGCAACUGGAGGUGAUGGGAGCUCAGUAGAGCCAAUUGUGAUACCGCCUCCUCGUCCCAAGAGGAAGCCAGCGCAUCCUUACCCUCGUAAGUUUGGGAACGAGGCAGAUCAAACAAGUGGAUCGGUUUCUCCCUCAGAACGUGACAACCAAUCUCCAACCUCUGUGGUGUCCACUCUUGGAUCAGAAGCAUUGGGUUCCCUUGAUUCGAGUUCACCCAAUCGAAGCUUGUCCCCAGUAUCUUCUGCAUCACCACCAGCUGCUCUUACAACUACUGCAAAUGCACCUGAAGAGCUUGAGACUCUGAAGCUGGAGUUGUUUCCAAGAGAGAGACUCUCAAACAGAGAGAGCUCAAUCAAGGAACCAACGAAGCAAAGCCUUAAACUCUUUGGGAAGACAGUUUUGGUAUCUGAUUCAGGCAUGUCCUCUUCUCUAACAACUUCAACUUAUUGUAAAUCCCCAAUUCAGCCAUUACCACGGAAACUCUCAUCAUCCAAAACAUUACCAAUAAUAAGAAACUCACAAGAAGAGCUAUUGAGUUGUUGGAUACAAGUCCCUCUUAAGCAAGAAGAUGUGGAAAAUAGAUGUUUAGAUUUAGGAAAGGCAGUCCAAAACGAAGGAUCAUCGACUGGAUCAAACACUGGUUCGGUGGAUGAUACGGGACACACUGACAAGACCUCAGAACCCGAAACAAUGGUAUGUCAAUGGGAGUUUAAACCAAGCGAAAGGUCUGCAUUUUCUGAGCUAAGAAGAACAAACUCCGAGUCAAAUUCAAGAGGAUUUGGUGUGACGAGGAAGAGAAUGGCGAAGGAAGCGGUCAAGUAUGUAUGGGAAGGAGCAAUACCUCUGCAGAUUCAUCUCCACAAAUCCGACGUUGCUUCUCACCCUUCUCCUCCUCCUGCUCUUGUAUUAGCACCAAGAAUAGGAUAUUUGCCUUUGUUGAUUCCUCUUAUAAAGCCUUAUUUCAAGGAUUCACUUCCUCCUGGUGAAGAUUCAAUCUGGUUCGAUUACAAAGGAUUUCCUUUGAAAUGGUAUAUACCAACUGGUGUUCUUUUCGAUCUCCUUUGCGCCGAACCAGAAAGACCUUGGAAUCUCACGAUACACUUUAGAGGAUAUCCUAGCAACAUUCUGAUACCAUGUGAAGGAGAAGAUUCUGUAAAAUGGAACUUUGUUAAUUCUUUGAAAGAGGCACAAUAUAUCAUCAAUGGAAAUUGCAAGAAUGUUAUGAAUAUGUCUCAGAGUGAUCAAGAGGAUCUAUGGACUUCUGUCAUGAACGGUGAUCUUGAUGCAUAUACAAGAUUAUCACCCAAGCUUAAAAUGGGAACAGUCGAAGAUGAGUUUUCAAGUAUGUCAUCUCCACAAUCUCGACAAGUUGUGGCAGAGACAGAUGUGGCUGGUCAAGUUAAGACAGCAAGAAUUCCUGUUCGGUUGUAUGUUCGAAGUAUAAAUAAAGAUUUCGAGAAUCUUGAAGAUGUACCGGAGAUCGAUACCUGGGAUGACAUCUCGUACCUAAAUCGGCCUGUUGAGUUCCUCAGAGAAGAAGGUAAAUGCUUUACCUUACGUGACGCCAUUGAAAGUCUCCUCCCUGAGUUCAUGGCAGACAGAGCGCAAACGAGUGGAGAAGAAAGAAGCAUGGUGGAUGAUACAGAAGAAGCAGAUGGGUUGAGGGAGACGGGUGAAAUCAAAUUGGUAAGGAUACAAGGGAUAGAAAUGAAGCUAGAGAUACCGUUUUCGUGGGUGGUAAAUAACUUGAUGAACCCAGAAUUCUAUCUCCAUAUAUCUGUUCUUGUGAAAGCUCCCCAAAGGUGAAGUAAGGUUCUCUGCAGUCACAAUCCAUCUGUGAAUUGAUCAAAUUGCUUUAUCGUUCGAUCUUACAAAGCCAAAAGAAUCAAUGAUUUGUUGUAUA